GGCGUCCCCUUUGGUCGGGUGUGGGGUGAGCUGUGUUACGACUUUGACACCGUCAUUUGUAUGUGAGAUUCGUAAAGUCGCUUAAAUAUCAAUCUUUCAUAUUCCCAUUUCAAUGCCAACGUUCCUCUCUCUCUCUCUCUCUCUCUCUCUCUCUCUCUCUCUCUGCAUCUUCUACUCCACUGUAGCUCCAUUUUCCUUAUUUUACGUGGUGCAAAUCAACGAAAAGAUAUCAAAUUCUUGAAUCUGUAGCUCCAAAAGUCAUGUUUCGAACCAGAGUCAGCGAUUCCAAAGAAAUGAACACCGGCAGGGUUAUCGUUGAAAAAGGAUUUGUAUACGAAAAGGAAACGCAUCUGACAGUUAUGAAAACCUCUCUGUUCUUCGCCGGCGAUGGUUUCGCCGUUUACGAUUCCAACGGCCAAGUCGUCUUCCGUGUUGACUCAUACGGUCCAGACAAUCGUGACGCAGGGGAACUCGUUCUCAUGGAUUCCUCCGGUCGCUGCCUCCUCACCGUUCGCCGGAAGAGACCAAGUCUACAUCAACGUUGGGAGGGUUUUAUAGGUGAGAGGACGGAAGGUGAUAAACCGAUAUUCAGCGUGAAGAGAUCUUCGAUCAUCGGGAAGUCAAACAUGACGGUGGAGAUGUUCGGCGAUCGGUCGGAGGAGUACCAUAUCGAAGGAUGCUUCUCUCAGAGGAACUGCACGAUGUAUGAUUCGGCGAAGGAAACAAUGGCGGAGAUUAGACGCAAAGUGGAUGCUUCGACAAAUGUGAUGCUUGGAAAAGACGUAUUCUCGCUCACACUGAAACCAGGUUUCGAUGGUGCGUUUGCGAUGGGAUUGGUUCUGGUUCUUGAUCAGAUCAACGGUGAUGAUGGAGGUGUUGAUUUAGACCCUACCAUGGAAGAGUGCAGUUUGUCUUCUUGAGUUAAAUUUUAUUUGAUAUUAAAAUUAAAAUGGAAAUAAAGUUUGAAUUUCUCAAGUAUAUUCGUGGUUUUGAAAAUAUUGGUACCAUUAAAUAUCAACGGUGUGGAUAGGGGUCGUAACGGGUGGGUGUAGCUGAUUCUACCUCAAUUCUCGCUUCAUUCCACGUUAUACAUAUCGACACUAAAAAUAUAUUUAUUUAUUUAUGCAGUGUCCAAAAUUAAAUUAUAUUUUUUUACAUACAGUUUUGAUGUGGUAAAGUUGUGGGCCCGUUAUAAGAUCUGUGGUUAUCAAUUCUUAUUCAAUUAUAUCUUUUGUGGGGUUAAUUCAAAAGAAAUGUAUAAAUGCUUCUAGAAUUUCUUUAAAUUAUAUAAAUAGUUUAUCACACGUCUGUAAAUGGUGUGCGACAUGGCCGAU